AUGGCUACUGUCAUAGGUCUACACAACCACAAGGUCAACCAUGGCUGCUGUCACAGUCUAAACAUCCACAAGGUCAAUCAUGGUUACUAUCACAGUCUACACAUCCACAAGUCUACACACCACCACAAGGUCACAGUCAGUAUAAACAUCCACAAGGUCAAUCAUGGCUACUGUCACAGUAUACACAACCACAAGGUCAAUCAUGGCUACUGUCACAGUCUACACAACCACAAGGACAAUCAUGGCUACUGUCACAGUAUAAACAUCCACAAGGUCAAUCAUGGCUACUGUCACAGUCUACACCACCACAAGGACAAUCCUGGCUACUGUCACAGUCUACACAACCACAAGGUCAAUCAUGGCUACUGUCACAGUAUAAACAUCCACAAGGUCAAUCAUGGCUACUGUCACAGUCUACACAUCCACAAGGACAAUCAUGGCUACUGUCACAGUAUAAACAUCCACAAGGUCAAUCAUGGCUACUGUCACAGUCUACACAACCACAAGGACAAUCAUGGCUACUGUCACAGUAUAAACAUCCACAAGGACAAUCAUGGCUACAAGGUCACAGCUCUGUCACUACAUCCACAAGGUCAAUCAUGGCUACUGUCACAGUCUACACAAACCACAAGGAGGUCAAUCGUGGCUACUGUCACAGGCUACUGUCACAUCAACCAAGGUCAAUCAUGGCUACUGUCACAGUCUAAACAUCCACAAGGUCAAUCAUGGCUACUGUCACAGUCUACACAUCCACAAGGUCAAUCAUGGCUACUGUCACAGUCUACACAACCACACAACCACAAGGUCAAUCAUGGCUACUGUCACAGUCUACACAUCCACAAGGACAAUCAUGGCUACUGUCACAGUCUACACAACCACAAGGUCAAUCAUGGCUACUGUCACAGUCUACACAACCACAAGGACAAUCAUGGCUACUGUCACAGUCUAAACAUCCACAAGGUCAAUCAUGGCUACUGUCACAGUCUAAACAUCCACAAGGACAAUCAUGGCUACUGUCACAGUCUACACAACCACAAGGACAAUCAUGGCUACUGUCACAGUCUACACAACCACAAGGACAAUCAUGGCUACUGUCACAGUCCAAACAUCCACAAGGACAAUCAUGGCUACUGUCACAGUCUACACAACCACAAGGACAAUCAUGGCUACUGUCACAGUAUAAACAUCCACAAGGACAAUCAUGGCUACUGUCACAGUCCAAACAUCCUCAAGGUCAAUCAUGGCUACUGUCACAGUCUAGGUUACUGUCGCAGUCUAAACAACCACAACAACAGUCACGUCUCGUUUCAAACAAAACAACUACUUUCAGAAUCAACAGCUGCUGAAAUUCUCUGGCCACCUUAG